GUUGCCGUGCCAACAACCUUAACGCGUUGGAGAAAUCCGCAGCUGACGCCGGAAAAAAGAAAAACAACGCGCCUAUCUCCCUCUUAUUUACAUUCCUCGGAAACUACGUCUCUGGCUCCAGUCGAUAUGAAGGUUGUCGGAUCUACCUGCGCCCUGAAGAGCAAGGUCGGCGGCGACGACAUGGUGCGCUGCCUGGCCGACCAGAGCAUGGCCAUCUCCAAGUGCAAGAUCCCGCUGCUCGACGAGCAGAUGAGCGUGUUCCUGCAGGAUAUGAACAGCUGCUACAGCAAGCUGAAGGAGCUCGUACCCACCCUGCCGACCAACAAGAAGGCCAGCAAGGUUGAGAUCUUGCAGCACGUCAUCGACUACAUCUGGGAUCUGCAGGUCGAGCUGGACGAGCCCGAGAAGAGCCGCCAGCACUCGUCCGGCAGCGUCCCACGCACGCCGUUGACCACCCUUAACGCAGAGCUCGCCAGCAUCGCAGUCGAGAACGGAUGCUCAGACGACAGAAUCAUGUGCCGCUAGACGUCACGCAGGAGCGCCCCAUCACUCCACAGCGAGCACCGUGAAGAACGAACAAGGCCGAACGACGUGACUAAACCGCGUCAUAACCUUGAACUGAGUAGGGACGUAUUAAACUCCCGCGCUAGAAAAUAGAUUGUGCGGACAUUGCCUCGCGGAGAGGAGCUGUCACUCAAGGCCCUCGAUUCAUCAGAGGUCCAUUUGGGAGGAGACUGGUGUCCAUCCAGGCUGGAUUAGCCGGGGGGGGGGGGGGACCAUGGCAGUUAUAGGCUACCACACUGCACACAGCAUCGCCUGUUGCUUGUAGAGUUUGUAAAGACAGCAAAUGUUUCUGUUUCCUUUUUUUAUACAAAAAAUUCUAUAUAUAUAUAUCAUGUGUAAACCAUGUAGAAAAUUCUGAAUUUUGUUAAAAGAAAAAAAUGCAUUUCUCAGAUUGCUGAGCGACAAACUGUAUUGUAUAUUACAAUGCCAGAUUAUAUGAAAUUGUUUCUUACAAUGUACCUUAUGGGUGUUUUUAUUAAAACAAGACUUAUUUUUGAACAAGAA